CUCCUAAGCAACGGAAGUGAUGUAAGAGCAGUCAGAACUGGAGGGCUUGGGUAAAAAUGGCUGAAUAUUUAGCUUCGAUAUUCGGAACUGAGAAGGACAAGGUUAACUGCUCUUUUUACUUUAAGAUCGGGGUCUGCCGGCACGGAGACCAAUGCUCCCGGCUUCACAACAAGCCGACAUUCAGCCAGGAGGUGUUCACAGAAUUGCAGAAGUAUGGGGAGAUUGAAGAGAUGAAUGUGUGCGACAACCUUGGGGACCACCUCGUGGGCAACAUCUAUGUCAAGUUCCGGCGGGAAGAGGAUGCAGAGCGGGCGGUGGCUGAACUCAAUAACCACUGGUUCAAUGGGCAGGCUGUGCACGCUGAACUGAAUGUACCCGAGGUGGCUUCUGCAACUUCAUGCAUCUGCGGCCCAUUUCCCAGAACCUCCAGAGGCAGCUCUAUGGGCGGGGACCCAGGCGCAGGUCACCCCCGAGGUUCCAUACUAGCCACUGUCCCCGAGAGGGGAACCAUCGGCGUUCCCCUGAUCACCGGCAUGGCCGCUUCUGAGGCCCUGGCCCCCUUACCCUUAUCCUUCACCCCGGACAGGGACAAAUAUUUCUGGCAGGACCUCUCCUCAAAGCCCCCUUCACUCUCCUGGCCCAUCUUUCCCAGGCUCCCGGGCUCCAUAAUGUAAUCUCUUCAGCAUGGAGACUUUCUUCUACCGCCCUUCUCUUAAUAAAGCUCCGUGUUUUGCU